AUGGCUUUGUUGGGAACUGCCAUCAAGAGCAGUGAGGUGGAAGUUGAGAAAGACAAGCUAGAAUAUUCGAUCCCUUAUGAUUUAGAGGUGGAGAUACUGAGUAGAUUGCCGACAAAGUCUAUGAUGAAGGCCCGAUGCGUGUCUAAGAUAUGGUCUUCCAUCAUCCGAAGCCAGAGAUUCGUCGAUUCCUACUACACUUUGUCCUUGACGCGAUCGCGUUUUAUAGUCAUUUUAUGUAACGGUGGUGUAUACGCCAAGCGUGACGUCGAGCGUUUGUUCAUUUUUUCCUCUUCCUUCGAGGAAGAGAAAUCUUCUUCUUUAGUUGCUACGCUAGACAUGACAAUACCUUCUGUGGUCUUGAAUUACAACUUCAAAUGUCCUUCCAUCCAUGGCUUUCUCGGUUGUUGUAGUAGUAGAUUUCAGUUCAUUGUAUGUAACCCGACCACGAGGCAAGUCAUUACUUUACCCAUUAAAGGAAUCCGCGCAUCCUUGGGAUAUGAUCCUGUUGGUCGUCAAUUCAAAGCGUUGAACCUGGUGACUCGUCCUGAACUGUUUCCUGAUUUUCUAGUUCACGAGGUUAUAACAUUUGGAGGAAGAGGAGAAGUAUCACGCAAAAAGGUUACCACCGCUCCUUAUUACCCUGUAGCCGAUGGACUUUACAUCAAUGGUUCCAUCUAUUAUGCUGCUUGGGCCCCUCAUCUAAGAAUGGAUCCGGUGAUUGUGUGUUUUGAUGUUAGAUACGAGAAAAUAAGUUUUAUUAAAGCGCCUAGGGAUGUUGUCUUCUGGGAGUUUGAAUCAAUAUUGAUAGAUUACCGAGGGAAGUUAGCUUCGGUUUCAAUACACCCAUAUGCUCCUUUCCAAAGUUUUAGUUUAUGGAUACUUGAGGAUGCCAUGAAACAUGAUUGGUCCAAGCAAACAUUUGAGCUUCCCUUCCCUUUGGCCGAUGUCAUAACUUCCCCGGGCACGAACAAGGCUGGUGAAAUCAUUUUUGCCCCAAAAUAUCUCCUAAACAUUGGUCAACCCUUCUUCAUUUUCUACUACAAUGUAGAAAAGAAAAACAUUAGAAGCGUUAGGCUCCACGGAAUUGUAGACGAUGAAGAGUUUUGGCGCCGAUAUGGACUCCUAAAGAAUAUGACCGUCACUAUCUCACCCGAACACGUUGAAAGUAUUGCCUCUUUGUAA